AUCUGAUGGGCACAAACCACAGGAGAAACUUUAGGGUGCAACAUCCUGCAGAUUCGUUUUGCUCCAGGAAAAUAGGGAGCAAUAAGGAGCAGGUAGGCUUGAGAUCAUACUAGAUAUGUCUCUUCUGUGUUCCGUUUUAAUCACAAAUCUGGAGCUGUGUGAUACUCCAGAGCAGUACACUGUAAGGCUGAUUAUUCUCUCCUUGAUGUUCCCGCAUUUGCAGCCCCAUAAAAAACAGUUGUAUUGUUAUCAGUCAUGCUUUCACAGUGCCGUUAUGCUCUCCUGGGGCCAUUAGCUCUAUAUUGGGCACUAUGUUGCCCUAGAUUGCCAGCAACAUAAUCACAGCUCCUGCAACUACUGAGUGUGUUUACUCAGUUCUCCACCUGCAGCCAAGAAGAAAAAAAUAAUAAAAGAACAACUUAAAAGAAAAAAGAAUAAAACUACCGAGACGCAUUUGAUAACAGGGCGGGGUUUGCUUUUGUGCCUCUACUGGUUAGCAUUACUAUAAAUAUACAACAUCUGGUCUGCUGGUGGAGAGGUCCUAUAUGCAUGCAUUUUUAGUGAGAUCACUGCAUGACCCAGGCAGCGCUGAGGCACCAGGUUCACAGCAGCUGUCCUGCCUGUAGAGAGCUCUCCUCUAACACACAGCCACAGGCUGCUACAGCUGAAGAUAAGUGUUUUGGUUUUUACCUCUUUGGUGAGUAUCGGAUAUGGAUGGUUUCCAAAUAAUCCUGAAAUUCUUUAUGAACCGGAGAACUGCAAUUGGCUACAGCGUUAUGGCUCUGCUGACACUGGGAAGUGAACGUGCAUUUUCUCUUGUUGCUUUCAGAUGCCCCUGCAGCAAUGAAAACUUCAAGUAUGGUUUGGUAUUUCUCUUCUCCCCAGCUUUUGUUUUGCUUGUUUUUGGAUAUUUCUUGAACAGCAAGACCUGGAAGCUCUUCACAGGCUGCUGGGUGAACCCCAGAAAAGUAUUCCCCAAAGGGAACAUCUGCCAUUUCUUCAUCAUCUUUGGACAAAUCACUUUAAAUGCUCUGGUAGCCCCAGUGAUGUGGCUUUCUGUGGCUUUGCUCAACGGGACUUUUUAUGAAUGUGCCAUGAGUGGCUUGAGAAAUCCUGCCUACUUAGAUGCCAUUUGCCGCAACAAAUCUGUGAAGUGCUUUGAGGAGCUGCACAAGGUGUCCUGUGACAAAAGCACCAUGCCCUUUUCAGAGAGCGAGGAACUCAAGCUAACACUGCAGGCACAGUCCCAGCUUCCCUCAGAACCUCCAAUGGAUCCUCUACCCUGGCUCAGCUUCUCCUAAGAAUGAGCUUUGUUGUUUUUCCUGAUUUGUGACUCCAAGACACACUUUACGUCAGGACAAAAGUUAGUUUCCACUAAAUUCCAGUUACCAGAUCCAGUUACCUAGGAUCUGACUGGCUUUUAGUAAUGUCACCUGCUUUUGCUUUAAACUUUGGCACAUUUGGUGUUUGUGUAUGUUGUGCAUAUCUGCAUGUACAGUGAACUGCUUUUAAAGCCAUAUUAGAACAGAAAAGAUGUCCUACCUCUAUUUCUGUGAUAGCUGUCAGUUCCCAUGCAACAACCAUUUUGGAAUGAUGAUACAAAUUCUGUCACUCCAUUACAGUCAGAGGUUACUUAGGUAUUUCUGACAUGGAGUGACAUGGUUUCACAUGGAUGUGAGCAGGAUCACACACCACCUGGUACUACCCAGCUGCACUUUGACAUAAGAAACAGCUAUGCUACUAGCAUGCAUACGGUCACUGUAUAGACAGCCUGGUGUUUCACAGCUCUACAGCCAACAUCACAUUUAGCUGAUGGCAAUCCUUAAAUUAUUCUCAAAAAGGAUACCAGACAUACUUCCAUCUCCCAAAACAAGUCCAUGGAAAUGAAUCUCAGUUCAAUUAAUUCAUGCCCUGAUCUCUCCACUUCAGCAAAUGACCACUUAGCUAACAGUUGUUUUUUAUAAAGUGUGGUUAAUUUUUCUGAAUGGGAAAGCUCAGGCAUACCUUCCCUGUCAACACUGAAAAUCAUUAAAGACAAAAGGAAUCGUGUGCAAUGAUCUAAGCAUGUAUAGGUCUGAGGCAGCUCCAUAUCUGUGAACUACCAUCUCCUUUAUAGUGACUCUGCAGUCUAGGAGGGCAAGACAUUCUAUGGAUUUCUCUUCAAGUUUCCCCAGGACUUACCCUUGUGUCAACGCUUUAUCUUAAGAAACCUCCCUAUUGCUACUCAGUUUCCUCCUUGAUCUUUUUGUCUGCCAGUAGUGUGAAAGGUUAUUCAAUAAAAGGGAAAUUUCCAUCAAAGAGGGUAGAAGUACCUACACUCAUUUUUUUGUUUGUUUGUUUUACCAUUAGAUCUGUGACUCUCCUGCCUUGGAGUCUUCAUUUUGCAGAACAUUCAUCAGCUUCUUCAAAAUAUUACCAUUCUAUGGUUAAAAAACAUCUGAGAAAACUAUGGAUAUUCUGAAGGGUUCAUAUGGUAGGAAUGAGCAUAGCAAAUUUUAAGAACUGUUCUGAGCUGAUUAACCCAUAUAAGUUUCUAGAAAAUAAAGAUUGAGGGAAUAUAUAAUUUGAAGCUUAGUAAAACUGAAUUUUUUUGUUGUUGUUCAUCAGAUUCUCUGGAAAAAGCAGAAGAAAUUAGCUUAAGCAGCAGCAAACAAAAAUAAACAUUUAACUCUUAUAAUGGCAAAACAUUUCACAGGCUAGUAGGAAAAACUGGAUUCAUAGAAGGACUUAAUAUUAGCUUAUAAACUUAUAUAAGCUUAUAUUAAGUUACUGCUUAAUGAAUGACUUUAAGGUCAUCUUAGGUCAGGGGUCAGCAACCUCUCACAGCUUGUAUCCCACAGUCUCUGAUACCAAAGACUUAGACAAUUUAGUUGGUACAUAAAGAACAGAAAGGAUAGGCUUCCUUUAUGUAAAACUUUGUAGCAGACAGGAUAAGUAGGCCUAAGCAAGAAAAGAUAAGAGGAGCUGGGCUCCUGCUCAGGAUAAAUGAGUUUAGAGGGUCUGGUGUGCAUGCUACAGAAUAAUGCAGGCAACAGACAAGCAGAAUGCUUAUUUGCAUCCUGGCUUUGCAGGCUGGGAUAAACUUACGUGCUGACUGAAACCAGAUGCUGCAAGUUUUGCAAUGUAUUAAUGUGUGUAUUAGAAUUCUUGGUAUAGGGGGGAGCUUCACGGCAAAUGUUUGAAUACUGAUAUGUUGAAUGUAUAUGAUAAGUGUGUUUUAGGUCCUGCACAUGCAUGCCAGGAAAAGAGAUCCCCUAUGCACCCAGAGCUGCAAUAAAGUAAUGUCAGUUUUCUGAAUUAUCGUUUGGUUUAGAGAGCUUUAUAUCCGGAUUUUGGUGACAUCUCUGUCCGCAACUCAACAAAACUACUACUGACAUGAAUCAGUUCUGUGGUUCUGAUGACCCUUUGUAGCAAGCAUACCAUUGUGGGUUUCUCAUAACCAACUGCAAAAUUCUUAUCCCACUAAGCAUCACAAUUUUUGUGCUAUGUUUUUGUUCUGUAGGAACUGAUAUCUCCUCUCGAGGAGAAACUCCGUGAGAUACUAGCUGAAGUGAAAUUGCAGACAGAAGCUGUACUUCACACAAGUGAUGCAUAGGUGUGAUUGCAGACAAUCCUCACAUAGCAGAAAAUGUAAAUAAUGUUUUUCUGGAUCAAAGUGAUAGAGAAGGAAAAGCUAAGACAACUGAGGAUAAUGAAGCUCUAAAGAACAUAAAUCUUAAUUACCUGUGCAAUCAUGUCUGCGGUUUCAGAAUAACUGCGACACCGUUUCACAUCUGAAUGAGCUAAAAAAUCAUCUAUCAGUCUCAUACCAAUGCCGUAUCCCCUAAGGGGAGAACAAAAAGAGUUAACAUUCAAAAAGGGAUGGCUUUCCCACCUAUCAUCCUCUGAAUCUGUUUUGUGUGCUUUCUCAUUUAAAAAAAAAAAAAAAAAAAGCGUGUUUCUAAAUGAAUGACUUAAGGACAUCAGAUUUUGAUAGUCUAGGUUCUUCCUUCUGCCAUAUUUUACAGCACAGUAGGAUGUAUGGUUGCAUGGGGAACUAUAUUCCUUUAAGCAUGAUAUCCCCAGCAAGCAUAAUAUGAAUGCUGAAUACAUACACAUGCAUAUAUGUGUAUUUACUUAUAUGAGAAACUAUAUAUGAGUAUAAUACACAUAAAUAUAUAAAUAAUAUACAAAAAAAUGCUGAUUAACACUGUUUUGUCACUAAAGGACAACAUAGGACAGAAUUUUCUCCAUUCCUGAGUGAUCCCCAGAGUCCAUCUCACACUAUCUCUGUCCAGAGGACAAAGCAAUUGCCCCUUUUCGUCACAGCACUCGUGCUUGCAUUGACAUGGACUUCAGCAAAUAUCUGUUUCCUCUUAUUCUUUCAUCUCUGUCUUCAUUCUUCCUUCACAAUCCCCUCUUUUUCUGUAACAUGUUUUCUCCUUUCAUCUAAUCAUUGCAGAAUGAGUCCAGAAGUGGACAGUUAAUAUACAGUUUCAGUGCACUACUACCUUUACUUUGUAUUUGAAAUACAACAAGUUCAGAGAAAUUAAGUAAAAAAGGACAGAAGUUAAUGAAAGUUUUCAUUAAACAAGUAUUCAUUCCUAGCUCUUACAUGUUAACAGAAGUUGGUAGCUACACAGACUGCAUAAUAAAUAUUAUCACUUCAAGGCUUUUUUGGAAAAAAAUACAAAGUUUAUGCAAUUGACAGAAAUGUUAUGAAAAAAAUCUGAACAAACUUGGAAAUUAUCUUUUUGCAUGUUCAUAUAUGUGGAUAUUUUUAGUUUCUUCCUGUAUGCCAGAGGCCUUACACCUUCAGCAAGGCAGGCUGCAGUCAGUGAAGCUUCUUACUGGUUUUGUAACACAUUUUUGACAAGAAGCCAAAGAGUGAUCUGAUGUUCAGUGUGAUGACAAGACAGAAUGUGGUUUUGGCAGCAUGAGGAUCAAAAUUGCAGCAUGUUAUGCAUCAGAAAAUGAUGAAAUUUUUAUCACUUCAGUAUCAAUAUCAAUAAAGUUGGUAAAUAAGUAAUCAGCAGUUAGCAAGGUGUGCAUUAGUGAUGCACAAGACUAUUUUCAAAUUUUAUGCUUUAGGUUUGCAAAGUUAAAAGAAUAAUAAAUAUACAAGCAGCUAUUUGGCAACUAUACAGUGAAAAACAUUCACCUCACUACAGAUUGUGUAUGUGCAUUUAUACAGAGGGAGAGAUCAGAAUACUUUUCCCAUCUGAUACAGAUCUGCUGAUCUACAAUAUUUCUUCCCAAAGCUGGGUUGUUUUUAUUGUCACAGUAGUAAAGCUGUUCAUAUUGCAGCAAUGAAACCUGACAAUAUUUUAUCAAGUCCCUCUAUUUACCAAGAAAAACAAAAAGAUUUUAUAGAAACAGGUGUAAGAACAAAACCACAAGGAGCAGAAUGUAUCUCCACAUCUUUCAAAAAUGAAAUUUUUGAAUUUCCUAAUUUCUACCAUAGCAUAAGAAAUAAGUAUUGUUUUUUGUUUGUUUGUUUGUUUGUUUGUUUUUUUAAUGUAUGAUUUCUAUUAGAGCUGAAUGAAGGAUUAAAAUUAAACAACGAUUCGAGGGAUGUUGUCUCUUCA